CAGGAGGCGGGCGGCCUGGGCAUCAGCAUCAAGGGCGGCCGCGAGAACCGGAUGCCGAUCCUCAUCUCCAAGAUCUUCCCGGGGCUGGCCGCCGACCAGAGCCGGGCGCUGCGGCUGGGCGACGCCAUCCUGUCGGUGAACGGCACCGACCUGCGCCAGGCCACCCACGACCAGGCCGUGCAGGCGCUGAAGCGCGCGGGCAAGGAGGUGCUGCUGGAAGUCAAGUUCAUUCGAGAAGUAACACCAUAUAUCAAGAAGCCAUCAUUAGUAUCAGAUCUGCCAUGGGAAGGUGCAGCUCCCCAGUCACCAAGCUUUAGUGGCAGUGAGGACUCUGGUUCUCCGAAACAUCAGAACAGCACCAAGGACAAGAAAGUCAUCCCUCUCAAAAUGUGCUUUGCUGCUAGAAACCUAAGCAUGCCGGAUCUGGAAAACAGAUUGAUAGAACUACAUUCUCCUGAUAGCAGGAACACGUUGAUCCUGCGCUGCAAGGAUACAGCCACAGCACACUCCUGGUUUGUAGCUAUCCACACCAACAUAAUGGCUCUCCUCCCACAGGUGUUGGCUGAACUCAAUGCCAUGCUUGGUGCAACCAGUACAGCAGGAGGCAGCAAGGAGGUCAAGCACAUUGCCUGGCUAGCAGAACAGGCAAAACUAGAUGGUGGAAGACAGCAGUGGAGACCUGUCCUCAUGGCUGUAACUGAGAAGGAUUUGCUGCUCUAUGACUGUAUGCCAUGGACAAGAGAUGCCUGGGCAUCGCCGUGUCAUAGCUACCCUCUUGUUGCCACAAGGUUGGUUCAUUCUGGCUCUGGAUGUCGAUCCCCCUCACUCGGAUCUGACCUUACGUUUGCUACCAGGACAGGCUCUCGGCAGGGCAUUGAGAUGCAUCUCUUCAGGGUGGAGACACAUCGGGAUCUCUCGACUUGGAUCAGGAUACUUGUUCAGGGUUGCCAUGCUGCUGCUGAGCUGAUCAAGGAAGUCUCUUUAGGCUGCAUGUUAAAUGGCCAAGAAGCAAGACUCACUAUCCACUAUGAAAAUGGGUUCACUAUCUCCAGGGAAAAUGGAGGCGCCAGCAGCAUAUUGUACCGCUACCCCUUUGAAAGGCUGAAAAUGUCUGCUGAUGAUGGCAUCAGAAAUCUGUAUCUGGAUUUUGGUGGUCCUGAGGGAGAACUGAAAGCCAUUGAUCUGGUGACGAAAGCCACAGAAGAGGACAAAGCCAAGAAUUACGAGGAGGCACUCCGGCUCUACCAGCAUGCUGUGGAGUAUUUCCUCCACGCCAUCAAGUAUGAGGCACACAGUGACAAGGCCAAGGAGAGCAUUCGAGCCAAGUGCAUGCAGUACCUAGACCGGGCGGAGAAGCUGAAGGAUUAUUUACGAAACAAAGAGAAGCAUGGCAAGAAGCCAGUCAAAGAGAACCAGAGUGAGGGCAAGGGGAGCGAUAGUGACAGCGAAGGGGAUAAUCCAGAAAAAAAGAAACUGCAAGAACAGCUGAUGGGUGCCAUUGUGAUGGAGAAGCCCAACAUACGGUGGAAUGAUGUGGCUGGGCUGGAGGGGGCCAAGGAAGCCCUCAAAGAAGCUGUCAUUUUGCCAAUUAAAUUCCCACACUUGUUCACAGGCAAGCGUACCCCUUGGCGGGGGAUAUUGCUCUUCGGACCCCCUGGCACAGGGAAAUCCUACCUGGCCAAAGCUGUGGCCACCGAAGCCAACAACUCCACCUUCUUCUCUGUGUCCUCCUCCGAUCUGAUGUCCAAGUGGUUGGGGGAGAGUGAGAAGUUAGUCAAGAACCUGUUUGAGCUGGCCAGACAGCACAAGCCCUCCAUCAUCUUUAUCGAUGAGGUGGAUUCCCUCUGCGGGUCCCGAAAUGAAAAUGAGAGUGAGGCUGCCCGAAGGAUCAAAACGGAGUUCUUGGUCCAGAUGCAGGGAGUAGGGAAUAACAAUGAUGGGACUCUGGUUCUCGGUGCCACAAACAUCCCAUGGGUGUUGGAUUCAGCCAUCAGAAGGAGGUUUGAAAAGCGAAUUUACAUCCCAUUGCCGGAGGAAGCUGCCCGUGCCCAGAUGUUUCGGUUGCAUUUAGGGAGUACUCCCCACAACCUCACGGAUGCCAACAUACAUGAGUUGGCACGGAAGACAGAAGGCUACUCGGGUGCAGACAUCAGCAUCAUCGUGCGGGACUCUCUCAUGCAGCCUGUUCGAAAAGUGCAGUCAGCAACACACUUCAAAAAGGUCUGUGGCCCUUCCCGUACCAACCCUAGCAUUAUGAUAGAUGACCUCCUGACCCCAUGCUCACCAGGGGAUCCAGGGGCUAUGGAGAUGACUUGGAUGGAUGUCCCUGGUGACAAACUCUUAGAGCCUGUGGUUUGCAUGUCGGACAUGCUCCGGUCUUUGGCUACCACCCGGCCCACAGUGAAUGCAGAUGACCUCCUGAAAGUGAAGAAAUUCUCAGAGGACUUUGGACAGGAGAGUUAAAAGCUGCUUCACCUGGGCAACGGUGAAGGGCCCUGUGUCUUCCCUGCAGGAGGAGGAGAUGGUUUCUGUGAGCACAAAGCUGUUUCAAUCAGAAUGAGGAGAAGGCACAUAGGUGGGCGUCACCGCUGCCUUUUCUUCCUCUGAGUGUGAGAACACUGAACCCAGCCACUGCCCCUGGGUCCCUGUCCUGGAAAUGGUCUAAUAAAUCCUUUUCCCUUCUUGAGC